AUGCUGCUGGACCGGAGGAGCGCAUUCCGCGUCUCCGUUUUACUGGCUUGUGUGAUAACCUGCAGUAACGUGCUAUGUCCCGUCGGUGCCUAUCUCUACAACAACCGCUACGCAGGCGAUCAAAUCUUCAGGAUAACCCCGAGUAAUGAUGAGGAGGUCCAAGUGCUCCAGAAAAUUCUGGGACACAUGAAGGUGGACUUCUGGCAGCCCAACAGUGUUACUCUAAUCUGUCAAAAUGAAACUGUGGAUGUCCAUGUGAAACGCAAUGACACGCGGGGUUUACAUGCACGCUUAAAGCAGCAACAUCUUGAUUAUCGCGUGUUUAUCUCCAAUCUGCAGAAGGAAAUUGAAAAGCAGACGGGAUAUCGCUCCUCUCGCAAGCGGAGGUCAGAGUCUCAGUAUGACUACGAGGUUUACCACUCUCUGGAAGAGAUCCAGAGCUGGAUGUUUGAGAUGAACCGAACCAACUCCGGCCUGGUUGACAUGUUCUCCAUCGGGAAGUCGUACGAGGGGAGGCCCCUUUAUGUGCUUCAGAUAGGAAAGAGAAGUCGUCAUCAGAAGAAAGCCGUGUGGAUCGACUGCGGCAUUCACGCCAGAGAGUGGAUCGGACCUGCUUUCUGCCAGUGGUUUGUCAAAGAGGCCAUCAACUCAUACCAGCAUGACUCUGUGAUGAGACGACUUCUUCACCAGCUCAACUUCUACAUCAUGCCGGUCUUCAAUGUGGAUGGAUAUCAUUUCAGCUGGACCACGGAUCGGUUCUGGAGGAAAACGCGGUCCAAAAAUCACAGGUUCCACUGCAGAGGAGUGGACGCGAACAGAAACUGGAAAGUGAAAUGGUGUGAGGAGGGGGCCUCCUCUCAUCCCUGUGAUGACACCUAUUGUGGUCCCUUCCCCGAGUCUGAACCGGAAGUCAAGGCCGUCGCCAAGUUCUUGCGCAAGCACAAGAAACGCAUCAAAUCAUACAUAUCAAUCCAUGCUUACGCCCAAAUGCUGCUUUACCCCUAUUCCUACAAGUAUGCCUCUAUCCCCAACUUCAACUGUGUGGAGUCAGCAGCUCAUAAUGCAGUGACAGCCCUGUACUCUGCCUAUGGAGUGAGGUACAGAUAUGGCCCCGCCUCCACCACCCUGUAUGUCAGCUCAGGCAGCUCUAUAGACUGGGCCUACAGAAACGGGAUCCCUUAUGCGUUUGCAUUUGAGUUGAGGGAUACAGGACACUUCGGCUUCCUCCUGCCCGAGUCCCUGAUCAACCCGACCUGCACUGAGACUCUGAGGGCAGUGAAGGCCAUUGCAUCCGGUCUGCUUAAGAAGUGUGAAACAGACAGGGACAGAUUUCCAUAUAUAUGA